AUGGACUACUUGGCAGAUCUCACAGACCAACUUACGCUCAAACACUUGUUCUGUAUCGCUUGCGGUAUAGCCGUCAUCAAGCUACGUCACGGCAUCCUCCGACCAAUCCAGAACUGGAGAUCUCCACUUCGAAACCUCCAAGGUCCUGAAAGUAAUAACCUGAUUUUUGGCCAUUUAGAGAUGUUGCAGGAAGCGCAAACGGGAGAUAUAUGGGAGCAAUGGAUCGAUAAAUACGGAAAAACAUUUAGGUGGAGGAGAUUUUUCGGGGCAUACGAAUUAUGUACAACCGACAUGCGCGCAAUCAACUAUGUCAUGUCUCGGGAUACAAUGUUUCCCAAAUCAAGGAGACUCCGUGUUGCAUUGGCUAGGAUACUAGGUGAAGGCUUACUAUCAGCCGAACCCGAAGCACAUAAGCGCCAGCGUCGUAUCAUGAAUCCAUCUUUCAAUACACCGCAUAUCCGCAACCUGGUGCCUAUCUUUUGGGCCAAGUCAAACCAGCCUACCAAAGUAUCUCUGCGCCUCAAAGCCAAUCUUGCAACUAUCCGUCGCAUCGGAAUGGAAAUUGUCGAAGAUAAGAAGAAAAUCCUGUAUCAAAACCAGGGUGGUGAUGAAUUCUACGGACGAGACUUAUUGACACUGCUCAUCAAAUCCAAUAUCGCACCGGAUAUUGAGAAAGAUCAAGCCAUGACCGAUGAAGAAAUAUUUGGACCUGCUGGACACGAAACAACCAGUUCUACAACAUCAUGGGCACUGUAUGCGCUGACUAAACACCCCGAAGUUCAAACCAAGCUUCGACAAGAAUUAUUGAAGGCUGGACUAGGGGAUGAGCCUUCGAUGGAAGAGUUGGAAAAGAUUUCUUAUUUGGACAACUUCGUUCGAGAGGUGUUGAGGGUCCAUGCUGUAGUCCCACUGACCUCUCGGGAAGCUGAUUGCGAUACGGUCAUCCCUGUAGGGGAAAGCUACAUUGACAUCCAUGGAAACAUUCAACACGGGAUCCGGGUUCAAAAGGGAGACUCCAUUUCCAUCCCCAUAUUAGCUAUGAACCGAGCAAAGGACGUCUGGGGCGAAGACGCUGUAGAUUUCAAACCGGAGCGCUGGGACAAUCUUCCAGACGGAGUAAAAGAUAUGCCAGGAGUAUGGAGCCACUUGAUGACGUUUAUUCACGGUCCUAAUGCUUGUAUCGGAUAUCGGUUUGCUGUAAUAGAAGUGAAAGCUCUCUUGUACUCGCUUGUUCGUGCAUUCGAGUUCAAUAUUGACCCGAAUCUUGAGAUUGUUGGGAAGACCAUGCUAGUCUCCCGACCAUGCGUCAAAGGCGAUUCGGAUAAUAUGUCAGCUAUUGUCUCCAAUCUCGCAGACCAAAUUACGCUGAAGCGCUUGCUCUUUCUGUCCUGUGGCUUGGCAGUUGUCAAGUUCAGGCAUAUGAUAUACGACCCCAUUCGAAACCUAAGUUCUCCCCUUAGACACCUACCUGGGCCCCCAUCGGACAAUUGGCUCCUUGGUCAUUUAUUUACGUUAGUAGAACAUCAACAUAGUACGAUAUGGGAAACAUGGAAGGAGAAAUAUGGGAAGGUUAUCCAACUUAGGGGCAUCUGUGGAGAGUAUCAGGUUUGCAUAUGGGAUAUGCGUGCUAUAAACUAUGUGCUAUCUCAUAACACCGUAUUUCCCAAGUCUGAAAGUAUGCGCCGUGGUCUGGCUUUGUUGUUGGGCGAAGGAAUUUUAGCUGCCGAUGAAGUGGCACACAAACGUCAGCGUCGUGUUAUGAGUCCUGCGUUUAGUGCACUACACAUCCGAAAUCUACUACCUAUAUUUAUUGCCAAAUCCAACCAACUCCGAGAUAUUUGGAUGGAUAAGCUGCAUGAUAAACCUGCGGGGGAAACCAUUGAGGUUCUAUCUUGGCUUACCCGUGCCACACUAGACAUUAUCGGCCUUGCAGGGUUUGGAUACGACUUCCGCUCUCUCGAAGAUGAGGACAAGGACGAACUUUCCAAGGCUUACACUGAGCUUUUCAAAUCCAACAUAAAUAUCAGCCCAUUUAUCAUAAUAAAAGGGCUAGUGUGCGAUUUUCUGGGGAUUCCCACCGAAGACAGCCGACGCUUCAAAGCUAAUCAAGCAACUGUACGACGGAUCGGUACGGAGCUUAUGAAAGAUAAGAAGGGCUUGUUGCAGGGGGACUCGCGGAGCGAAGAGUCAUGUGGACGAGACCUACUUACUCUACUCAUCAAGUCAAAUCUUGCUGAAACAGAUAACCUUCGAGCAAUGUCUGACGAAGAAGUACUUGGGCAGAUAUCCACCUUUCUUGUUGCAGGACAUGAAACCACCAGCUCAACAAUUGCAUGGGCAUUGUAUGCACUAACAAAGCACCCAAAGAUGCAGGAAAAGCUACGCGACGAGCUACAAAAUGCUGGACUCGGUGAAGAGCCAUCGAUGGAUGAACUGGACAGCCUGAGCUAUUUAGAUUCCUUUGUUCGAGAAGUAUUACGGGUCUACGCAGUAGUCCCAACAACUGGUCGAGAGGUUGCCCAGGACACAGUCAUACCAGUUGGGGAGAGCUUUAGGAACUCGACUGGAGACCCUCAAAUGGGCAUACGUGUGAGGAAGGGUGAUGCCGUCGCCAUUCCCGUCAUAUCAAUCAACAGAUCCAAGGAAGUUUGGGGAGAAGAUGCCAUGGAGUUUAACCCUGAUCGCUGGAACAGUACUCCCAAAGCUGUCAAAGAUAUGCCUGGUGUGUGGGGCCAUAUUCUAACCUUCUUACAUGGACCCCAUGCGUGCAUUGGGUUCCGAUUCGCUGUGGAAGAGAUAAAAACCUUGCUAUACGUACUUGUUCGCGCCUUUGAAUUCCAAAUUGAUCCCAAGAUCGAGAUAGAAGGCAAGACUGGCCUUGUUACUCGGCCAUGUGUAAAGGGUGAGAUAGAGAAAGUCAACAAACUACCGCUACUGUGCCGCCCAGUUAACAGAUGA